CAGGAAGUACCUGCUAUAAUUGGUAGUGGGGCCAGGUGUGACAAGGGAGACCCUGACCUGCUCUGUUUUCUGUGUGUGUGUGUGUCAGUCAGUGUUUUUUGGCAGGAUGUACAGCUUCAUGGGAGGUGGGUUGUUCUGUGCCGGAAUCGGGAACAUACUCCUCAUUGUCUCCACGGCAACUGACUACUGGAUGCAGUACCGUCACUCCAGCAAUUACAUGCACCAGGGCCUGUGGCGGUACUGUGUGCCGGGGAAAUGCAUGACACACACAGACAGCAUCGCUUACUGGGAUGCCACCCGGGCCUUCAUGAUUCUUUCCCUGCUGGCUUGUUUCUUUGGCAUUGUGAUCGGUGUCAUGGCCUUCAUCCGCUACUCCUCCUUUGAUGGGUUUGAUAAGACAUUUGCAGCCGGCAUCCUCUUCUUCAUCUCCUGCUUCUUUGUGCUGCUGGCCAUGGCUGUGUACACCGGAGUGACAGUGAACUAUUAUGGUAAACGCUAUGGCAGCUGGCGUUUCUCCUGGUCAUAUAUAAUGGGCUGGGUGGCAGUGGUGCUCAUGUUCUUCUCAGGUAUGCAUCCUGACAUAUCAACAAAAGCCAACACGCAGACUUGCCUCAUUCUCAUGUUCAUAAUCUUAUUAUUCUCUUCAAGGUAUCUUCUACAUGUGUGCCUACCGGAUGCACGAAUGCCCAAGAAACUCUAACUCACGCUGACCUGCCAAAGACGUAAACAGACACAUCAGCACCGGUUCAUGAAGAAUGGCCAAGAGGAGCCAAUCAACACUCCUGUGAACUUUCCAAUUACUUCCUAAAUAUUCGAAAUUGAGCAAAAUAAAUGAGAAAAAAAAGGUUGUUGUCUCUAU